CUAUGGAAUUUUGGAGUUUCCGCAGUAAGGCCUUACUCGCCGGCAUAAAAAAUUGUAAUUGUUUGUUUUUUCCGGCACUAGUAUUAAGUUUAAAGUUUAAAAUUAGUAUGACGACGUGGGGAAAUAUUUGCCGCAUCUGCAGCAGUCCCGCAGACUAUGAAAUUUUCGCUAAGAUCCCUACUUAUCUGCACGGCUCCACAAACGAGUUUCUUAAUUGGCAGAAGCCAAUAAACAUUUUGCUCGAGGAAACGACGGGCUUAAAAAAUUCCACGGACGACGGUCUGCCUCGAAACAUAUGUGCUCCGUGUAUCUCAUAUCUUAAGCACGCAGUUACAUUCCGUGAGCAGUGCAUCAAGAAUGCCCUUAGCCUGAAGCUGGCCGACCUCUACCAGCAGAAGAGAGUCAACAUCUCGGACUCAAACAAAAUAGACAAAGAGAGUGCCCUGUUCACAGCUGACGAUCUUCGCUUUGUAGAGCAGCGACCCGUACACAAUCUUUUGUUGAAUAACAGCUCUAAACUUGAGUCUUCCAAGGACAAGGUGCACAAGCGACUGCUAAACCAGGCAGCUCCCCAACUGGAAGGUAGUCCUGAGCAACGAAUUGAAUACUUAAAUGUACUAUUCAACAAGCAGCAACAUCACAAUGUCGUGCCAAGGCAUUCCCGAGAAACAGAGAUGCCCACAAGCAGUGCCCAAAACGAAGACGAAGAAGACGACUAUGCUGUGGCCAGCUCCAGUGAUGAUAACGAGGAGGCUGCUUUACUGCGUAAGCACAAGAAUUGCUACAACUACAGUGAGACAAACUUCGAAGAGGACGAUCCCAUGGAGCAGGACCAAUUGCAACUGCGCGACAUCAAGGUAAACAUACCGGAGCCUAUGUGGAAGGAGCGCAAGUGCCCGGCCUGUUCCAAGCGCUUCAUGUUCGAGGAUUCGCAGCAGUCGCACCUGGACAACUGCGUUGAGUACCAAUUUGUCACUUUUGUGAACGAGGUGACCAAGCUGCUAGACAUAAGACGGCAGAAGAUGGUCUCACCGCAUGAGUUUAUUCGUCGUAUGAUAUUCGCUCUGCAUAAAACCUGCACCUGGCUGCAAGAACAUUCCAUAGACUCGCGUCUGGCUGAGAAACUAAAUCAGGUAAAACUUUCUAACAGCGAGAAAACGGUUGAGCCGACAAUUCCAUUAGAGAUUCCGGAUACUCGCACGGUGGAACAGCCAUUUGCUAUAUUCGAUUUUUCUAAUGGCACGACGACUCCGAUCACGGAGGAGAAUAAUGUUCUGUAUGCAAUUGAGCGUUCAGAAAGCCGCAACUCUCAAAGUACGCCUACGGUGAAAAAGCCCAUUCCCAUUCGUGGAAUAGCUGCUGGUUCUUCACUGUGUCUUGUAUCGGAUAAGCACAAAGAGCGUGCUACUUUCCUGGAAAAACUGCAACGGGCUGCAGUCUCUCCCGGAUCGAUUUCUCAAGCCCAAGCUCCCAUAUUCUCAGCCCGAUGUGGGCAAUGCAACUUAGUAUUUGACUCGGUCUCCGAACUGGAAGUCCACAAUCACAAUGUCCACAGGGGCAAUGAACUGAACGCUGACGACGAAGCUAAAAGGCGUCAAAUAAUCGCCCUUUUCGAAGAUGACAUUUAAGUUAUCCAAAAACCUGUUUAUUAUGCUUGUCACUUUGUUUCCAUGUUGAUAUCAAUUGUAUGUAUUUGUUUAUUAUUUAUUAUAUUUUAUUUUGUUUCCUUUUGGAAAUAUCUGUAAACCCAUUUCACAAUUUCUGGUACUCAAAGCCUAUGGCUUGGUUUUUAAAUGUGUACUCAAACCAAUAAAGAGAUACAUAAGACUUA